CACUUUGAUAUUGUUUUUCUUCUCCCUUGAUCUAUUCUUUUGUCUUUGUUUUCAUGUUAUAUAUAUAUGUUUUGUUUUCAUGAAAUAAAAGGUUAGGGAAAAACAUUAGAGUGAAGAACACAGCUAGUGUUCCUCACCAACCGAACGUUAACAUUUGGCGACCCUGGCUAAACAACAAGCUUAACAACGGAUGACCCUGGCCAACAACAUCGUUUGCACUUAAACAUUUACAACAACUCGAAUAGGAUAUUGCUUAUUAUUAUAUGACAUAGAGCUUCUAUUAUAGAAACUCGAACAAUAAUAUUUUUCUAAAGCCUCUAAGAUAAAAGAGACUUGAUAUUACACUCGAUUAAGAGCCUCCAAGAACGAGACUCGUCUGUGAUUUCUUCAAAUUACGUCAUACCAAUUUAAAUCAAUAAACAACAUAAUGUUUCAUUGACUUAAAUAAAUUAUAAUCAGAAAUUCAAAAAAAAAAAACAAAUUUCGUUCAUUCUUAUUCAAUUAUUCAUUAUUUGUAACUCGAUUCGUUUUUUAUUCAAUUAUUGAAUCACUGGCCAUCAUAUUUACUUAUUUCUAUAUACAAUAAUUUCAUAACGGCUUCCGGAACAAGAUUUCAAGUUAAGAAAAAUAAUAGCAAAUUAUUUCCAUAUACUAUUAUUACAAAUUCAAAAUCUCGUACACUUUCACAUACCAAUUCAAUUGAAAUGGAAAAUACUGCAGCAAAUGGUGCUCAUUUCGGCAGAGAUAAAACGAUACAUAAAAUUAAACAACGUUAUUUUUGGCCAUCAAUGUACAAAGAUAUUGAUAAUUAUAUUAAAUCAUGUAUUCCAUGUGCACAAUUUAAUCCUCGCCGACAAAAAAAUCCUGUAUCAAUGGAUUUUCAUGGACCUAUUACUCCGACAUCACAACGUGGAAAUAAAUAUAUUAUAUCUCUUACUGAUGUUUUAGCAAAAUUCGUCGUUACAAAGACUGUACGUGAUAAUACAGCUCAAACAGCUAUUAGAUUUCUUAAAGAAGACAUUAUUUCAAAAUUUGGAACUCCUCGUCGUAUUCUUACUGACAAUGGAACACAUUUUACUUCAACAUUGAUGGAUGAAUUAAUUGAACAAAUUGGAGCUACACAUUUAUAUUCAACACCAUAUCACCCUCAAACAAAUGAUUGGGAUGAUCAAUUACCAUUUGUUACGUUUAAUUAUAAUGCUUCAAUUCAUUCAUCAACAAAACAAAUACCAUUCGAAAUGAUGUUUGGUCGAUUACCUGUUUUACCAUUCGAUUAUCAAGAUGCAAAUGUUACACUUACACAUGAUUCAGAAUAUGUUAAAAAACUUAAUCAAUUCUUAUCAAAAUUAAAUGAACAAGCAAAACUUAAUAUUAUAAAAAAUCAAGAACGAUACAAACAGCGCUAUGAUACAAACCGUUCUGAUCCAUUAUACAAUAUUGGCGAUUUAGUUCUAGUUAAAACACUCAGUAUGCGCCACAAAUUUGAUAUUCGUUAUGAAGGACCAUUUAGAAUUAUUGAAAGACUCACACCAAAAACAUUCAUUGUUCAACACAUCAAGAAAUCAACCUUACAUCGUCAAGUUACAACUGAUGUGUUAAUUCCAAUAUUCGAACGAAUUUAUUAA